ACACGCGGAUCGAAUUAGGCUCUCCGAGUCUCCGGUUCCCUCCUCUCGGCGGCGGCUCAGGUCCCUCUCCAUCUCCGGCGUGGCGCUUGGCGUCUGACCUCAACAAGCAAGAAAGCAAAUGGCAGGCGGCAGGGUUGCGCAUGCCACCCUCAAGGGCCCGAGUGUGGUGAAGGAGAUCUUCAUUGGACUGACCCUGGGUCUGAUCGCGGGAGGCAUGUGGAAGAUGCACCACUGGAACGAGCAGAGGAAGACUAGGUCCUUCUAUGACAUGCUUGACAAGGGCCAGAUCAGCGUUGUCGUCGAGGAGUAAAGAGUUCUUCCCAGUUAUUUUCAAAGAACUCUCUCGAGAGCAUGACAAAGUGAUUGCUUGCUGUGGAGAUUUGUCCUGGAAAUAAGCACAACCAUUUGGGAACACCAGAUUUUGUCGAAUUUUCCUUUCCUUUUGAUGAAUAUUUGAGCACGUCCAUGUCAAUACCAAACAUCUGGCCUUUUCUCUC